AUGACGCCCCGGAAGGGUGUUGGUGGCGAUAAAGUCGAAAAGAAGACUCCCACUGGAAAGAAAGCCGACAAGGACAAGACGCCCAGUGACGGGAAGAAAGGGCCGGCCAAGAAGGAUGACGCUGCCGACGUCCCCCCCGCCGUGGAACGGUAUCCGCCUUGCAGACCAUGCCUCAAACGCGCGCUUCACGGCAGAAGCGAUGGGACUUGCAUGCAGAAGCCGAACAAGCGCCGUUACGAGCGGUGUUCUUGUGGCGGCGAAUGCUCCGUGAUUCCUCCCAAGACGAAGGACGUUUGCCUCUUCUUUCUGGCCUACCACCACAAGCAUCCCACUGUCAACGAUGAAGAUUCGGACGCUGAGACCAGUCAGACUGAUAUCGCCAAAGAGAAGCGAAACCGUCGUAUCGCUGCGAAGACCGUUCUGAAGGGCUAUGACGCGGGAGGAAGAAAACAGGACCUUGAUCUUAAGUGA